AAUCACAUCGCGAAGCACCGUUCUUUGGAGUCUAUACAUCAAGUCGAUGGGCUAUAACUUUGUAAAGGGUCUUCAUCCAAUGCUACGAGUGGGCUAUCCUUGCUCUUUCGACGUCAACUCUUCGACUCCGUCCUUUCCGACCUACAACGCAAGCGUCUCGGCUUGCCUCUCUCGUGCUUCUAUUCGAUACUGCUCUUAGCUGUGCAUAAUCCUUCGUCGACAUCGCCUUCUCGAUCUGUAUGCUUGUCAACCCAACGGGCAUGGAUUCCCGCUUUGCAGUUUCUCGUGAAGAGCUUUACAAUGUCCAUAUGGACGUCAAACAGAUGCAAAUGAUACAAAACAAUCACGCCGAGAGACUUUCCCGGUUAGAGAAACGCCAAGCUGACGAUGCUGCCAUCAAAUCUGUUUGGAACUCACCUUUUCCUAGUGCUCUGAGUGGUACACCGCAACAUGGUCCACUUCAGAUGCCUCCGAACGAGAUAUUCGACGAUUUCGAAGAGCAGGGCCAAAACCUUCUAGGAAGCUUACACCUCGAUGCCGAAGACGAACCUACUAGACGUGGUGCAGCUUCUAGAGCGAAUAGUGUCCGCUUUGAUGAAAGUGCUCUUCAGGGUUCGAGUUGGGCACAAAACGGCCGGCAUUCAGGUGACUUCGGUCCCAUCAGACCCGGUAGUGUUCUCGGCAACAAUAACAUGAUGGAACGUUCGCUGUCUCAUAAAUCGGACGGUAGACAUAGUUCUGCUGGCCAUUCGGUGCAUUCGAUCCAUUCGAUCCACUCCGUUGCUUCCGGUCGUGGGAGCAGUUUGGGUUUGGAUACAACGUUCACACCCGGUGCUCAGGAGGACGAUUCACCGAUCGGGAUCCCGGAACCACCGCCGAGCUUGUUCGUACUGGGAUCUGUGCCUUCAAUUAUUCGAUGUUGGUUAACAGCGAAUUUUGCACACGAUACUCUGCUUUACGCCGAUGUGUGUACCGGAUCGCAGAAGUCGGUCGUCGAGUUUUCUUUAAUCAAGGAAUUAGACCUGGUGGACGAUAUUCAUCGCGAUUUGGACGGUAUUCAUCGGAUUCGUUUGCCUGUGUACCUAACGGAAGCAACCGUAUCUCAACCGAAUUCUCGGGGAAUGAGCCCAGCGCCACAGAUGCCGAGCCUUACUUGCACUUUUGAGGUAGCGGGGAUGGAUCAACCUGAGAACGUUGAAGCUAAAAAGGCGAUCCGUAUUUUUCUAGGCAGUGAGACACUAAGGGAGCAUUCAGCCGACGUACUGUUCUCGCAGAACCGGAUGACUCUUUACGGUAGCGAACGUGAGAAGUUAUCUGUCCCCUUCGUGCGCCCUGAGGAUAAUAGUGUUUUCAAACACAUUCGUACAAUGGCCAUUUUCCCAGAGAAACCGAAGCUGAAUGCCAACGCCCGACCAUUCAUCUUGGGCGACAGCAAGCCACAAUCGACAACUACGGCGCAUUCGGACGGAGCCGAAGGGAAGGAGUCGCGCGAUGACGAUGAUUCUCGGGUACUCGCAUCACCGGCCUCAGAACAAGCAAGCCAACAAGCUGCAACCACAGGAGCGAGCAGUGUCUCGGAAAACGGCGGUGAGGGCGAAAGACAAUAUAAGGAAGCCAGUAUGUCGGACUCUAGCGCGAAGGACUCCCAAGCUCAAGCAAAUGAUGCUGCGAGUGAUACUUCACGUCGAACUUCGGCAGCGGGAAGCAUCUGGAAUUCAUGGCGUCACGGACCUACUGUUAAUGGCAAUGAGCCAAAAGAAAACGCUCUUCUAAGUGGUUAUCAACCUGCCGGACGGGGAGGACGGAACAUGAAGGUUCUGAAGCCGAUGAAAUCAACAACGUCAUCUUCAGCGAGAACGGGAGCAUCCUACGAACCGGCGCCACCACCUAGAAGCAGUGGCGAACCUCGACGCAAAAGCCAGGUUGGAGCCGAUAGCGCUAGCAGCGGCAGCUCUGCAAUUCGGUGGGAGUCGAAGCGAACGCCGAUUGGAGGCGCGGAGACGAAGCCAACUCAAGCCAACCGCGAGACCCGGAGCGUAUCAGGAACACCUCGUACGUCGACCAAUCCUAUUGGUAGCGCUUCGGCUUUCUCAUGGAUGAGUUCUUCGAACAAGCCGAGAACGCCAACUGCAGCGGCCGAGUAAAUGACCUUGGGUACUUCCCUAAGGAAUGCCUUACUUUAGGUGGUCCUGCAGAAAUGUGCACGCAACUAUGAUGAAUGGAGUAAUGCUUGUAUGAUGGUUUGCCGAGUUUCAUGUUCUGAUAUGAUGCUCUGUCGUGUUGUAUCGUGUCGACUCGUAUUAUGAGUCGCAGCGAGAUUCUACUUAUACCUUGUUGUAGGUAGAACAUGAUUAAGAAAAAGCCAAUAAAAAUCAAAGCUCAAUAAAAUAAUAAUAUUUAACACGAAGCGUUUUUAAGUGUG